AGACUCUCCACCUAUUUGCGCUUGUCUUGUAGGGGUUGGUGAGUGGCAUCGACAGCAGUUGCCUUAUUGCCGUGUCUUUACAUGAGCACUCGCAGCUGAAUCGCAUCACACCCCUUUUUUCACCAAACAGUGACUGUUGGAUAAACACUCCCGUACAAGGACAAUAGCACAGUUUAUGGUUUUGGCAGAAGAUUCCAAGAUGUCUCGUACAGACGAGGUCCACCGUAUAACGGAGAAUGUAUACAAGAACAUCAUGGAGCAGUUCAACCCCUGCUUGCGAAACUUCGUUGCCAUGGGGAAGAACUACGAGAAGUCCCUCUCCAAUGUGACGUUUGCAGCGAAGGGCUACUUUGAUGCCCUGGUACGGAUGGGCGAGCUGGCCAGCGAGAGCCAAGGAUCCAAAGACUUAGGGGACGUGCUGUUCCAGAUGGCCGAGGUGCACAGACAGAUCCAGGUGCAGCUGGAGGAGAUGUUAAAGUCCUUCCAUAAUGAGUUACUCUCAGAGCUGGAGAAGAAGGUGGACUUGGACGCCAGAUACCUGACGGCGGCGCUGAAGAAGUACCAGAUGGAGCACAAGAGCAAGGGCGAGAGCCUGGAGAAGUGUCAGGCCGAGCUCAAGAAGCUGCGCCGGAAGAGCCAGGGCAGCAAGAACCCCGCCAAGUACGGCGAGAAGGAGCUCCAGUACGUGGAGACGAUCAGCAGCAAGCAGACUGACUUGGACACCUUCAUCGCCGAGGGCUACAAGACAGCGCUGUCGGAGGAGAGGAGGAGGUACUGCUUCCUGGUGGACAGACAGUGCGCCGUGGCCAAGAACAGCAGUGCCUACCAUGGCAAGGGCAAAGACCUGCUCACCCAGAAGAUCCCAGUGUGGCAGCAGGCCUGCUCCGACCCCAACAAGCUGCCCGACCGGGCCAUGCUCCUGUGCCAGCAGAUGGGCUCCGGCACGGGCACCCUGGUCCCCAGCCCCCUGCACUCCUCCAAGGGCAACCUGGUCAUCUCCGACCCCAUCCCCGGAGCCCAGCCUCUGCCCAUGGCCCCCGAGCUGGCCGCCCUGAUGGGCAGUGGUCUAGGAGGAGGGAGGCUGAUGGGCCCCGACGGCAUGUCCAUGGUGAACGGCACGACGGGCGUGCCCCCGGAGGAGUUCUGGGGGGAGGGCGGUGUGACCCAGGGCCGCCCCCCGUCUCCCCAGCCCCCGACCCUGACCCAGCCGCCUCCCCAGCGGCAGGUCAGCGACGUCUACUCCAACACCCUGCCCGUCCGCCGGCCUGCCCCCGCCAAGAACAAGACCUCCGUGGGCGAGACGCGGACUCUGCCGCGGUCGAGCUCCAUGGCGGCGGGCCUGGAGAAGAACGGGCGGGCCCGCGUGCAGGCCAUCUUCUCGCACGCCGCCGGCGACAACAGCACGCUGCUCAGCUUCACUGAGGGCGACAUCAUCACCCUGCUGGUGCCCGAGGCCCGCGACGGCUGGCACUACGGCGAGAACGAGAAGAACAAGAUGCGUGGCUGGUUCCCCUUCUCGUACACCCGUGUGCUACCGGAGAGCGACAACGAGAAGCUGAGAGUCAAUCUGCACCACGGGAAGAGCAGCAGCACAGGGAACCUGCUGGAGCGUGACGACCUGCUGCCCGCGCCGGACUACGGCCUGACCGCCCGCCUGCUGGCCCAGAGCCUCACACAGAGCCGCCCGCGCCCCUACAGCAUGGCCGGCUUCACGCAGCCCGCGCUUGAGGACUAUGACAGCCGCUUUGCCACAAGUUUGGGUCCAGAAUUAUCCCGGUUCUGAGUGGGCAGGACCUCCUGACCGCUCUCUGGAGGGCUACUUCAGGCAAACCUUCAACGACGACCGAGCAGCUCCUCUCUUCUAUUAGUCAGGACUGGCCCAUGCCCUGUCAUCACGUCACUGUUUUCUUCCUCCCCCUCUCUCUCUCUGUCUCCCUCUCUCUCUCUUUCGCUCUCUCUCUCUCUCUCUCUCAACCUUUUGCUCACCCUGUCUGUUGUUUUUUUUCUCUCUCUCUCUUUCCCUUUUGUCUCUGUGACACUCCUGUCAUUCUCUGAGCCCCUCUUCUUUGCUAUCUUUUAUACUGUCUGUCUCUCCCUCCCUCUUUUCUGUCUUCUCUGAUCUUGCUGUGUGCUCUCACUCUGGCCAGCCUUGGGCUGUGACGGGACGAGAGCGCCCGCUGACGUUGAGUACCCCCCCGUCACAAUGGAGAGUGGACACCAACCCGUGACCCCGCGCUAUUGUCGUGGGGUCGUGCGUUUAACGCAGGCACGUCACAUAGUUUUCUAGCACUGUAUUUAAAUCCACUCAAGAUGGGCCUUUUCAAAUGUACAGUUUGUAUGUAAAGUGAGAAGCGAUGGGAGGUGGUAGGUGUGAACCUACCGCUGAAGUUGACGUGGAGUAGAUGGAGGCAACGUUUUUCUCACGCAUUGUCUUGUUAUAUAUAUAUAGAGAUAAUUUCAUUUUAAUCAAGAGUCAUAAUGAUCCAAAUGUGUCGUUUUUACUGUAAGUAUCCAUUUUUCUAUUCAGACUGCGCAGAAUGAGAAAGCGAUGACGAGUGCUCGGUAUUGAGACAUUUCUUGAUAAUUCACUUACAGUAUCUUUGAAGCUGAAGAGUGUUUAGGUUUGGAUUUAUACCAUUUAGUUCUGUUGUGUCUCUCAGCCAAACAGACUACAAGUCCUCACAAUCCUGUAUCGUUAUGGUGACUAUUUCUGCUCCGUGCACAAGUAUAUGGUAGAGCCUAGUACCUGCUCCUUUUUUUUUUGUAAUAAAUACAGAAAUAAUUUGAAGGAAAAAAAAUAGCGGUCAUCUUACUCGGUCAGUCUAAAGUACUAAGAACAGUAUUCACUACAAUGCUUUUCUUCUGUAGAAAGCUGUUAUACAUAGUGACUCUAGUCUCUCCUUAAAGGUCAACUUGUAAAUCUGCGCUUGUAAAAAAAAAUAGUUUUCUUUUUUUUCUGACAGUGUUUCAACUCUUUUAUUCUACUUCAAUCUCUAGUAAUGCCUGUGCAAUCGAUCACCUGAACUGACACAGUGAACUUAUAGAACAGGAGCACCAACACCAUGGGAACAGUGCCUUCCUCUACAGUCUGUUUAGUGCUCUCAGCCUUUUGAUUUACAGUAAAAAGAAAUCCUUUCAUUUAACACUAGUGUAAGCAAAGGGAAAAUACUCUGCAAUGUCUUUCUUUUCUUUUUAAUUGUAGAAUUUCUUUGUGUUUUUCUAUCUUUUUUUAAUUCAUUUUCAGAUUUUGCUUGAAGACAGACUUUUUAUUUUGAGCUUAAAAUGAUUUUAUCUGUGUGUCUGUGAGGUUUUCUGCAAGGGUUGCGUGUGUUUGUAGUUAUGCACAUAAAGUUGUGUUAAACUGAGCAACAUGCACAUGACUGCAAAUCCUUUUACAAUAGCUGAGGCACUCCACUGCACCCCGUGCUGGCUGCUUUGAAGAAGUUUGACCACUAGAAACUGAGAAUUGAUUGCUGAAAAUGAGAAUGUAAAGAGGUGUAUAAUGUGUGUGUGUGUGUGUGUGUGUGUGUGUGUGUGUGUCUGUGUGCCGCGGCAGAGAGUUUGGUCCACGCUAAGACCGGUCUUAUGAAUGACCGAUAACAAAUUCUUAGUAAAGUGUGUUUGUUUGUGAUUUUGGUCAAGUGGAAUCAAUUUUGUUUUGUAAUGUUUUUAUGUCAUGCGGCUUAUCUCUUUUUUUUGUAAUAACUUGUUUGUCUGUAUGAAUGCUGUCCAAAAACUGUGCAGAAUCUAUAUCUUACAAAAUAAUAAUAAUAAUAAUAAAAAAAAACUAUUUCCCAGAGUUAUACACAUUGAAUCACUAAACUGAAUGAUUUCGCUGGAAUCAAUCUGUGGAUUCCAGUGCCUGGCAAAAACCAAUGAAUAAAUAGCAGAAGCACAAGGAUAAACUGGUCUGCUUUAUUUGUAGAGUAGUACAGCAAUGAUGAUGUUACUACAGUUGCACGACCUCACCAUGACCCCCCUGACCCUCCACCAGAGGCACGGGGCCCGUUCUCAUUGGUCACUCUACGGUGGGCACAAC